CCGUGAUGUGUUCAGGGACAGCUGAUCAUAAAGGCAGCUGAUUUUGCAUGCGGAAGGUUUAACGGUCUGUUCUUGCACACUUGUCAACAAGCUGGCGAGAACCAGACAGCACUUCUGAGAUCUCUGGUCUGCGGUGCACAAGUAUUGUGUCGCUAAUCGCCUAGAUGGAUUAUGAACAUUUCUUCACUUGUUUGAUGACUUGCAGUAACUCGUGGUCACUAACUUCGCUGCAUUUUCUUCUUACUUUGCUGUACCCGUAUCUAAUAUUAGCGAAGUUAUCGUCCAGAUAUGCGAAUUCGUUCACAACAUGGCGUAACUCGCAGUUCCAGAAUACACGAGUGGAUUUGUAGUACGCUGUGUGCCCAUCUCGGGAAUAGAUGUCCGGAACGUGACUGAAGCUACUGCAGAGUUGUGUAGUCAUACAUGACAACAUUGGAAGGAAAAUGUCAUCCUGACAAAGUACGAUUUUUAGAGACAUGCACUCUGUGAUGGAGGGGGAGGAUGGGGCAGAGCCUCAUGAUGUGUUUGUGGAUCUGGGGGUGCUGAUCGUUGAGGGCCGGAUCCCAGGCGGAGCGUGGGCAGCCGGGAGGGGCUACGGAGAGGGUCCUCACUGUGCUGGUGUGGGGAUAUCGGCACUACCUGCUAGACAUGACUGUGAUCCCAACACAAACUUUCUGUGUAAGCGUGCAGAAAACUUCCGCAAACACAUGCAGCUGUUGUGGCAGAAUAACAUACCGUUAUGCAUCGAGGUGCUGCUGUGUGCUGACUGUCAAUGCGGCCAACAGAAAGCUCAGUCUCCAGAGGUUGCCAACAUCCCAUCCUCGACUGACUUGCUGCUAGAGCAAUGGAUUGUAACCAUGGUAACCAAGAGGUGCCCAGAGGUGCGGCAGAUUCCGGUGCGUAGCCUUUUCCAGGCGGUGCGAUCCCAGCUCCACUUCUCACAGUUGUCUGCCUGGUGGAGUUGCAGCAAAGGUUGUAGCCCCACACAUGUAAAUUAUCGAGUGACCGUUCCUGGCGAGGCAUUUGCCUCCCAGUUCCAGCGUCAGCCGGUGGAACACAGCUUUCCGGUUGCCGUUAUCUCAAGGGGAACUGCUGUUAAGGUGUGUAUGCGCACAUUACCACGCAUGGCGACUGUCCCUCGCAUCCAGUGCCCGCAGCAUCAUUGUGAAGCAGAACAGAAGCCCGUUAUAGACGCUGAGCUGCUAGGUGCGGUUGGUGGUUCUGGGUGCUGCAAGGAUGAGGCGUUCAAAUGGGGAGAGGUUACUUCAAAGCAGCCAGCAGCUGACCCCCUGUUGGGGGAGAGCCUCCUGGAUCCACCACAGAGUCUGGAUCUGUUUGCUCGUCGCUACCAGAGCCCGUCGAGGUGCGGCAGUCCCAGCCUUGAAGCGCCCGAGUAUCUGAUGUUUGGACGUAGUGUGGCUCCCAUGAGACCCGAAGUCGGUGCUAGCCGUCCUGUGAUUGGUCGCUGGCGUGACAACAGCCCCCCCAGUCCACCACUUGGCUCGCAGCACCACAGGAGACUCGGCCGUCAGGGGCUGGCACGUCGCAGAGAUGCCAGCACUUUUCCCGCCUCGGCUACCGGUGGAAGCGCGGCUUCCGCGUGGCAGAAAUCACACGUGUUGCCAGGUCUGGUAGAUGACCGCAUGCAGAACCCGUGCACCCGACCCGGGAAGCACCAUUGUCGCUGUGCGUUUGAUGAAGACCUGGACAUCCUGCCACCCACUGGCAGUGGACAACAGAGUGGCGUGCAUGAACCUCCAUUGCCUUGUAAAACUUCUUCCAAGCCCAGUACAAGCCCCACUUCACUGCCAGCUCCAAAGAGGGAAGAGCCACACCUGGGAUCAGCACAAGCAAAAAGCUCGCUGCCACCAGAUGAGAGCAAGAUGGGCCGGUUGAACCUAGAACUCAGCCGACGAGAGUUUGAAGAAGUAUUGUCUGUGUUGCGGGAUCGUAAUGCCCCUCCAAAUCACACUGUUGGCAAGAAGCUGGCACCAAGAAAUCGCAGGGGCAUGUCCCCCCGUCAGGACCUCGUAUAUAGUGUGCCAUCAUGUCUUCCAUCUACCUCAAAUACGGCGGCAUCAGACAAAGCAGAUCUGCUCAUGGGUGCCAUCCUGCGCAGUAACAAAACCAGUGAUGCCUCCUCUUCAGUAUUAGGAAAGUGCGACCAGGGGAGCAGACCUUGUGAUAAAUGUGAAAUGAUCGAUGAACGGACCAUUCCCUCCUCUCUUAUUUGGACUGCUCGGACAGAGAGUUCAAAGUGCGCUACCAUAAAGGGACCCAGCCCACAAAGUCUUUCAAAUGGAACAAGCAGGGAGUGUAGUGAUCAUGUGCCUUUAAAGUUGACUAGUGUCGGAGAUCGGACGAAAGGCGAGGUGUCAGUUUGUGACGAUAAAAUAAAGUCAGAAGUGGAUGAAAGGAAAAAUUUGGACUCACCAUUCUUAAACAAGAGUUUGGAACGUAUCAGGGAAUUCUUCAAGGGAGACGCAAAACCGACACAGGAGAACGGGGAGAGUACGAGUUUGCCAGAGCGUCCGGUUCCAUCGGCCCAGGACAAAGCCAAAUUCCGCCGCUCUCUGGACUCAGCUGCGUCUAUGGUAUUCCAUUGUCGUACUGGACUGCCGUUGACAUCGAGUCCUGCGCCUGUCCGCAGGGGCACCACCUGCUUUGACUUUGACAGCACGCUGAAUUCAGUCUCUGCUAUUCGCAGCGCUCUGUUUGAGAGUGUCCCGGCAGCACCUGCAGAUGAUGUGCUGAGUGUGAGUAGUGAUGAUACAGAGAGUGAAAGUGGGGCGCGCUCCCCCUGUUCGCCUGGAAUUGGUGGACCCACACUUAAUCCGCUAGAGCCUUCCUUGUGGUCCCAGUACACACUUGCGCCCUGUGCAUCUCUCCUAGGCAGCUUUGAAGAGUCUGUUCUGAAUGGCCGGCUGGAGCCUGUGAGCACAGUGCAGGGUUUCACUGCAGAUCUGGGUGCCAGCGGAUCUUUCUGCCCUCGACAUCUGGUAUUACCAGUUACCGUCUUCUUUUACACGCUGGGUGACAACGACAAAGUCUCCACGCCAUAUCUCGGGCAUAUCAAUCUCGGCAAGAAGGGUUACAAUGUUCCACGCAGCGGGACGAUACAAGUGACCCUUUUAAACCCACUUGGUACAGUGGUCAAGAUGUUUGUUGUUAUGUAUGACCUGGCUGACAUGCCGGGCAAUUCGCAGACUUUUCUCCGUCAGCGCACCCUUUACAUGCCUGCCAAUCCGACUGGAAAACAACCAGACAAUGCUCAGAAGUGGCUACGAUACCUGAUACACCUCAGAUUCCUCAGCUCAAAGUCGGGCCGAAUAUACCUUCAUUCUGACAUCCGUAUGAUAAUUUUCCGCAAGUCGGACAUGGAUACCGCAACAGCACAUGGAAUGGACAUGGCAUAUGAACUGCGCUCGUUCACACACGGACCCACCAACCCCAAAUUCUCCCCACACAAGUGACCAUUUGAUGAUGUGACUUCAGUUAACUGGGACGCCAGUGACUGGGCUAGUAAUACCGCAAGUUGCUGUCUCACUACUUUACCUGUUUGUUUACUGGACCAAUGAUUCUGUAAGUUCUUCAGUCACAAGUGACCGCUUGGCUAUAUCGCCUCUCAGUUUGCUAGUAAUUGUUAAAAGUCCGCCCUUCAUAAGUGAUUGGCGAUGUUAUGUUUUAUGAUCAUUAACUUACACCAUCACAUGUGACAGCUUGGACUGAUGACACUGGAAGUUAAUUCUUUGUUCACUGUAGUGUCUCCAGCUCACAACUUGCGUGAGUGGAUUUGUAUCUCUGAAGUGGUAUGGUCCUUAGCUCAGUUCUCUUCAGGGCACAUAAGUAUAAAUUAAUGUUAAACAAGUUUAUGUGAUAAUUAUGCUUUGUUGAAAUGUUGGUUGAAUUCUGGAUUGCUCAAAGCUUCAUCCAAUACUAAAUGAAAGAAUAUGACUUUUGUGUAUGAUACUGUGAAGGAAGUGUCACAGUAGAAUCCAUUUGGUCUUCCUCCCUCGUGUCCAGUCCCAAUUAAUUCCUGUUUUCCAUGCUGAUGAAACCACUUCAGGGAUAAUUUUCUUAUUGGUUGGUUUACAAUUGCAUUUGUAACUGAUAUGUGUGCAGUUUAUUCAAUUUCUCUAUAGUUUUACGUUAUUCUUAUUAUGAGUUAUUUUUACGGUUAAGUUAGACAAACAGCAAUAAAGAGGUCCCAGUUUCGGACCCAAUUGUAAAUCAAUUUAAUGUUAAAAGAAAUUAUUUCCAUCUGUUUGCAUUUGUAAACUAAACCAUAUGAACAAUCAUUAUUGGUAUUACUGAUUGUGUGUCCGCCUCAGUGUUACUCGAGAAAGAACGAUGAACAAAACGAUGGAGUGUGUAUGUGUUGUUGGUACUUCUUGAUGUAUUAUCUGAAUCUCCCCAUAUAAUGAGGCCAGUAGCAGUGGUUAACGUGUCUUUGAACUAUCUGGGACCGUUCCUGAAAUUGUUGUUACAAGUUUGUGAAUGCUCAGAAAUUAGUACAUGGCAACCCUGUUGCUUAAUGAACUAUCACGUCCAUUACCGUAGUCAUCAUGUUGAUAGCUUGCAGGAGUUUGUAUAGGCUUGACAUACUUUUAAGUGUUAGUAAGUUGCAGAUUGGCUGUGUGUGGACUAUACAUGUGUUGUAUCUUGAUUCCCUUUAGAGGUGGCACUGCAUGUUAUAAACUUGAUUGUAUCGAUGUUCAUGAAUUAAUGUUUUCCAUUCUCUGAUAACAUACUGCAAUGUGAGCAUAUGCUCUGAACUGAGAAAAAACAGUCCAUUCUCUUAAUGAUAAUUUCCUACAUUUACUAACCUCAGUGACUGCUUUUGACCAAGGUUUAAAAGGAUAUUUCAGAAGCAAUAAAAUUGGUUGAGAUAGGUUAGACAUUUAUAGUUUUCAUGGAAGAACUGCUGAUAUUUCUGUCCUCCAGGUUGUGAUAUCAUGUACCUUUGUGGGUGGUACCAAAAUUUCGGAAGGGGCGUGCUGCUUGCAUCUACCCUGAAAGUGGAAGGAGUAUGUUUUUUCCAAAAUGUUGGUGGCCAUUAACACAAGGGUACAUAAUGUCAAAAAUCAUAAGACUGAAGUCUGAGUUCUCACCACUGUAGAAACGUGUUCAUAAACAGGGUGGCAUGCAGAUGUAAGUCACGUAAUGGUACGAAUCUGCUUAUGUACACAAGGACAGAGACAUCUAGAUUUGUUUGUAGCAGAGUACACGUUCCGUAUGGUUAAUUUGCCGCGACUACUAAAUGAUGAACAUGUACAACAUCGAUUAGAAAAACAAGGUAAUAUGCACUUCUAUAUGAAGGAUUUAUAUUCUUGUAUAGUAACAUGUAUGACAUAUACAGAGACUUUGUUAUACAUCACUUUUCCACAUAGUCACCACAGAUGUUAAACAUUUGUCCCACUGCGACACCAAGGCAAGUAUCCUGACAUGGAAGAAAUAUGUCAAGUGCCCUUAGCCAUGAAACAACAAUAUUCUGCACUUCAUCUUCAGUCAAAAAUCACUUAGUGUUAUUUUAGGACUGCGUGGUAGGUGGUGCAAGAACCUCCCACUCAGAAAUGUGUCACAUGCCCUUAUUUUUUUAAGCACCCUCACAUGUUUGUGAUAAUUUGGCAGGAUAAAUCCUUCGUAAUCUCCUGACAUAGUUGGAUGACCAUGACUCUUUGUUUCAUAAAAUAAGGCUACCAUCUUUUGGAAUUGUUUUUCUUUCAUGAAUCCACCAAGAAAGAAGGUGCAUGGAUUAGUGACCAAGGUCUCCGCUGCUCAGAUCUGUUCACAAGCAUGGUUGUCAGGAUACUGACUCGAAGUCAUGUGCACCCAAGGUAAUGUUAGCCUCAUCUGCACAAAUGGUGUGCUUAUCAACAAACCAGUUUCAACAAAUUAAAAAAGAAAACAUGCUUAGGUGGUACUUUGAGUACCCAUUUUGGCCAAUUAAGAAUGGUCUUGAUUAGCCUGUAAGUACACAUUUUGUAUGGUCACUACUCCAAGCAUCGUCCGAGUAUCGCACAUUAUACAUUAUACUGUGGCGCAUGCAGCAAACAGUUCAUCAUCUGUUGCUGAUCGUGUGCAGUUGCACUUAAUUUUUACGGGUACAUUGAAAAUCAAACUGAUUGUUUGGUGAACGGAAUGUCUGGGUAUCACCGAUUCUGCCACGCCUUUCCUCAUUGAUUUUUCCCAGGUUUCUCUGCGGUGAAACUUGGAUGUUCUGGACAGUAUGCACACUUGCAGCAUAAGAAUGUUUUUGCUUCAAAAUUGAACUGCCCUGUUGAAACUCAAAUUAGCCAUGAAUUGUCUUGUGAGAAGGGUUACACCAUGCCCUGAAAUGAGCACAAACAUCACCGCAUAGCCAGAAUACAUUUGUUUUAGCACAAAAGAUAAAGUGUUUUAAUUCUUUGGAAAGUCUGCCUUGAUAAGUGGCACUAAAAAUUCUGUUGGUGGCAACCAGGAUUAAUUCACGCAAUGGACAUUCCAAGGUGCGUUCACUGAUGUGACAAACUUUGUCCUGACAAACUUGCUGUCUCACAGUCAAGAGAAAUUGAUCGCUUCUGUGUGCCACGCUGUAGAAGAACUGUCAUCUGUUAAAGAGUUAUUGUCACACUCAAAUGCUUCUGUACAAUAUGCAUAUUUUGUUACAGAACUACAAACUGACAUUGCUUGUGGUGCCAUCUCUCUUGUUCUGCUGCAUUUGUAUACGACUCAUAGCUCAGAAUCAUUGGGGUUUGUGUCAAUUACUUGUCCCACCAAACAGAACACCAUCACUUCAUUUUCCAAGUUCUCAUGUAACCUCGACAGAAAUGUCCCCUAAUUACAUUAAUAUAUGCAUUAUACAUAAAUUAAUAUAUAAUGAAGGUAUAUACAUAUAUAUAUAUCUAUUAUAAAUGUUUGAAGAUAACCUCUCAGAUUUAUUUAUUGCAUAAUAGUACUAUGUAGAAUAGAAAAUUUUGAUUAUUUUUUUCCUUUAUAUGAUAUAAAAUAAAAUAAUACUGAGUUACAUUGACUGUGUAAUGUCCCUUAAUGUGGAUGAUUAUGUUUCAGUAAAACAGUGUUAUGCCCUUUAUCCAUGUAGAUGUUAGGACAGUAUCCUGAAAUAAUGUGUUCACUUCCAUUCUUUCCAAUUUAGCACACAUAAUCAUGCACUGGGAUAACUCAGUAAGUGAAUAAGGUUUGUU